UUUAAUCUGUAGACCCAGUUCCCCAGCGCCUCCAGCCUGAACUGGAAGUGGGCAGCACUCAGGAGACCAGCGAGCCAACUGCACAGAAGUCUCUGACCACCUCAGGAGAAACCACACUUGGGGAAAAUGUUUGCGGUGCACUUGAUGGCGUUUUACUUCAGCAAGCUGAAGGAGGAUCAGAUCAAGAAGGUGGACAGGUUCCUGUAUCACAUGCGGCUCUCCGACGAGACCCUUCUGGACAUCAUGGCGCGGUUCCAGGCUGAGAUGCAGAGGGGCCUGGGGAAGGACACCAACCCCACAGCCUCCGUGAAGAUGCUGCCCACCUUUGUCAGGGCCAUUCCGGACAGAUCAGAAAAUGGGGAGUUUCUUUCCCUGGAUCUUGGAGGAUCUAAGUUUCGAGUGUUGAAGGUGCAAGUCUCUGAAGAGGGGAAACAAAAGGUCCAGAUGGAGAGUCAGUUCUACCCAACUCCCAAUGAAAUUAUCAGAAGGUCCUGUGCUUUCUCUCUGCAGCUGUUUGAAUACGUGGCUGACUGCCUGGCAGAUUUCAUGAAGACCAAAGGGCUGACGCAUAAGAAAUUGCCCCUGGGCAUGACCUUCUCUUUUCCCUGCUGGCAGACCAAAUUGGAAGAGGGUGUCCUGCUUUCAUGGACCAAGAAGUUUAAGGCCCGGGGAGUUCAGGACACAGAUGUAGUGAACCGUCUAACCAAGGCCAUGAAAAACCACAAGGACAUCGAUGUGGAUAUCCUGGCCUUGGUCAAUGACACCGUGGGAACCAUGAUGACCUGUGCCUAUGAUGACCCCUCCUGUGAAGUUGGAGUCAUCAUUGGCACCGGCACCAACGCGUGCUACAUGGAGGACAUGAGCAACAUCGACCUGGUGGAAGGCGACGAGGGGAGGAGGGGACACUUGAUGCCUGGGAGGCUUUCAGUUGUGACUAGUUACCCGUCCCAGGCUCCCGACACGCUGCUGCCUCGGGGGCCUGGCCCACAGCACCUGGUGACUCCUCCCAGCCCGCACCCCACACCUGCUGCCGUGGAGGUCCCGGGGCUGCCUCAGGCUGUCUACACGCCGCGCUCCCUGGAGGCAGCCAACCUGGCACUGAUCUGCUCACCAAAUUGUAGGUUUGAGAAGAUGAUCAGCGGCCUGUACCUCGGUGAACUCGUCAGGCUCAUCUUGGUGAAGAUGACCAAGGCAGGCCUCCUGUUUGGCGGCAAGAAGUCCUCCAGUCUCCACACUAAGGGCAAGAUUGAAACACGGCACGUGGCUGCCAUGGAGAAGUAUAAAGAAGGCCUUGCCAACACACGAGAGAUCCUCACGAACCUGGGCCUGGAGCCUUCGGAGGCCGACUGCAUUGCGGUCCAGCACGUCUGCACCAUCGUCUCCUUCCGCUCGGCCAAUCUCUGUGCGGCGGCCCUGGCGGCCAUCCUGACUCGUCUCCGGGAGAAUAAGAAGCUGGCGCGGCUCCGGACCACGGUGGGCGUGGACGGCACCGUCUACAAGAUACACCCUCAAUACCCCAAACGCCUGCACAAGGUGGUGAGGAGACUGGUCCCGAACUGUGACGUCCGCUUCUUCCUGUCAGAGAGUGGCAGCACCAAGGGGGCAGCCAUGGUGACGGCGGUGGCCGCCCGUGUGCAGGCCCAGCGGAAGCAGGUGGACCAGGUGCUGGCCCUGUUCCGGCUGACCCGGGAGCAGCUCGUGGGCGUGCGGGACAAGAUGCGGGCUGAGCUCGAGUAUGGGCUGAAGAGGGACACGCACCUGCUGGCCACCGUCAAGAUGCUGCCCACCUACGUCUGCGGGAUGCCGGACGGCACAGAGAGAGGGAAUUUCCUUGCCCUGGAUCUGGGGGGAACCAACUUCCGCGUCCUCCUGGUGAAGAUCAGAAGCGGCCGGAGGUCAGUGCGGAUGUACAACAAGAUCUUCGCCAUCCCGCUGGAGAUCAUGCAGGGCACCGGCGAGGAGCUGUUUGACCACAUCGUGCAGUGCAUCUCCGACUUCUUGGACUACAUGGGCCUCAAGGGAGUCCCGCUGCCUUUGGGCUUCACGUUCUCAUUUCCCUGCAGGCAGACAGGCAUCGACAAGGGGAUACUCAUUGAGUGGACCAAAGGCUUUAAGGCUACUGACUGUGAAGGGGAAGACAUGGUGGAUAUGCUCAGGGAAGCCAUCAAGAGGAGAAACGAGUUUGACCUGGACAUAGUUGCAGUUGUGAAUGACACAGUGGGGACCAUGAUGACCUGUGGCUAUGAAGAUCCUAAUUGUGAGAUUGGCCUGAUUGCGGGAACGGGCAGCAAUAUGUGCUACAUGGAGGAGAUGAGGAACAUAGAGGUGGUGGAAGGGGACGAAGGGAAGAUGUGCAUUAACACAGAGUGGGGAGGAUUUGGAGAUAAUGGCUGCAUAGAUGACAUCCGGACCCAAUAUGACAAGGAGGUGGAUGAGGGGUCCCUGAAUCCCGGCAAACAAAGAUACGAGAAAAUGACCAGCGGGAUGUACCUGGGGGAGAUUGUGCGGCAGAUCCUGAUUGACCUGACCAAGCAGGGUCUCCUCUUCCGGGGGCAGAUUUCAGAGCGUCUCCGCACCAGGGGCAUCUUUGAAACCAAGUUCCUGUCCCAGAUUGAAAGCGAUCGGCUGGCCCUCCUCCAGGUGAGGAGGAUCCUGCAGCAGCUUGGCUUGGACAGCACGUGCGAGGACAGCAUCGUGGUGAAGGAGGUGUGUGGAGCUGUGUCCCGUCGGGCGGCCCAGCUCUGUGGCGCAGGCAUGGCUGCCAUCGUGGAGAAGAGGAGGGAAGACCAGGGGCUGGAGCACCUGAAGAUCACUGUGGGCGUGGACGGCACCCUGUACAAGCUGCACCCUCACUUUUCUUGGAUAUUGCAGGAAACGGUGAAAGAGCUAGCCCCUAAAUGUGAUGUGACGUUCAUGCUGUCAGAAGACGGGAGUGGGAAGGGAGCAGCUCUGAUCACUGCUGUGGCCAAGAGGCUGCAGCAGGCACAGAAGGAGAACUAGGACGGCCUCACGGCGGGGCCCAGUGCGCCUUGGAUGCUGACAAGCUUUCCUCUGGCCGAUGACUUGAUCAGGGACCAACAGGCAAGCUUCUGGCUGUCUUCGCCUUCGGGAUGGCUGAAAGAGAACCCCGGUUUCUCGGGCAUUCUUAGCAUUUUGCUACUGGUUUUCAACGGGGAAUACAUGAAAGCUCUAUUUGGCAUAUUUGGGUCCAAGAGGGGCCAACUUGUAAACUCAAAGCAUGUGGCUGGAGAGAUCCCCUUUCAGCAAAAUUUUCAGUUGAGGCCUGGCCUGUCAGUUCUCUAUGGCUUUGGGUCUUGUGGCUGCUGGAUUUAACGACAUAUACAUGAUCUGCCAUGUGGCCUGGCUGGCUGAGCUCCCACUGGCAUGCUUCGGCCAUCGCUGUAGUAGGCUGAGCCCUCUACUUGAUCUCAUCUAACUUGUCCUUAACUUGUCAUGUUGACUCCAAAGACUUUAGAGUUCAGGCCCAGGAUGAAGGAGGAUUGAUUGCCAGGGAGCCUGUAGGAACCUUUUUUAUGCUCCCAGGGUGUAGUGUCAGCACCGUGUAGGAUUUUUUCAAUACCCAUGUAUCACUGGGAAGGGUGUCAUUGGCGGGACCUGUCUUUCAUUUUACAUGUGGUUUGUGUUGCUAUUGUGAAUACUUGUUUUAAGAACUAUUGGGUAUAUGAAAUCCAGUAAAUUAAUAAAAGAUAUUUAUUUCCCAAGAA